AUGAAUCCAUUGACGAAUAUCCGGAACCAGAAUAAAAUUAAUGAUCGUGAACUAUUACUUGGAUUUACCGGAAGCAACAGUAAAAGCUGGCAUCAGAAGUAUUCGGAUUCAGCAUGGAUUUACAUCGGUGGCUUACCAUAUGAUCUUAACGAAGGCGAUGUUAUUGCUGUUUUUUCACAAUAUGGCGAAAUUGUGAACAUCAAUUUGAUUCGGGACCGCAAAACUGGAAAGUCUCGUGGUUUCGCAUUUGUCUGUUAUGAGGAUCAGCGAUCAACUAUUUUAGCUGUUGAUAAUUUCAAUGGAAUUAAGUUGUUAAAGCGAAUUAUACGUGUAGACCAUGUGGAAGAAUAUAAAGUUCCAAAAUAUCAUGAGGAUAUCGAUGAAGAAACACGAAAAAUUUUGGAAGAUGGUUGCGCUCCAAAACCAAUUGCUGCACAUCAAGCUGAUGAAUCGGAAGAUGUAGAUCCAGUUGAAACGCUGAAGAAAAAAGGAGCAGUAGAUAAGGAUGGUGUUGUGAAAGUGGAUAAAGCUUUGGAAAAGAAAUUGAAAAAAGAGCAGAAGCGACUAAUGAAAGAAGCAAAGAAAGCAAGAAAAGAGGAGAAACUGCGCAAGCGUAAACUUAAAGAAGAGCAACUGGAGCUGGAGAAGAAGGUUGAAGACGAUGAAUCUUGGAAGAAACAGAAAAAAUUAAUUGAUUUAGGACCCGUUAAGGAAGAAGAAAUCUAUGGCGGUAAUGAACAUUUCAAUUUUGGUAAACCAAAGAAAGAAAUCCCACCGCUUCCAUCGCAUAAUCCCAGACCUGAUUUCGAAAAAGCUGAUUGGCGUGAUAUAGAAAUGUGGAAAGCGGUACGCGAAAAAGAAAAACAGGAAAAAGGAGAAAAAGAAACGAAUUGGAAAGAAGAGGAACAUUAUUUACCAUCCAGGUUUCGAAAAGAGUGA